AUGGGGGUGGGGAUCUUGGAGGUGGUGGUGGCGGUCGUGAAGGCGGAGGCGAUGGGAAGGGUGAGGGCGGAGGCGGUGGCAAUGGCGAUGGUGGAGGAGGCGGUGGCAAUGGCGAUGGUGGAGGAGGCGGUGAGGGUGAUGAUCGCGGUAGUUGGGGAGCAGGAGUGCGUGGUGACGGAGGCGGGCGCGGUAAGGGUCGGGGUGAAGGCGGUGGCGGAGAAGCCUUGGGGGGCGGAGAGGGUGGUGGAGACGGGUUUGGCGGCGACGGCUGUCCUGGCAGCUGCGGGGCUGGCGGGGCCCUGA